AGUUCGUGGGAGCCAAGGAGAGACACACCAGACAGAGUCUCGACCGCCCGCGACCACCACUGAACGUUCGAACGACCGCGUAUCGCAUCUGCCUUUUACGCGUUUAAUCCGCAUCGCGAUUUGCAUGAGUUGGAAAAAUCGGCGAUCAUUCACCGCGAAGUGUUAUGACGCCAGGAAAGUGCGAGUUUAAAAAGUGACCCCCGCGCCUUCCCGCAACCUCGAUCCUCGUCGACGUUAAACGGAACGAUGAUGGGCCAGUGGUGGAAGGCCGUGAUGCUCGGCUGGGGAUCGUCGACGAUCCUGUUCCUUCUGGUCCUUCAGAACUCGGCGAGAACAUCGUUGGCCUGUAACGAGGCGAUCUGCGCCAGCGUUGUCAGCAAGUGCAUGCUAACCCAGAGCUGCAAGUGUGAUUUGGUGACCUGCACCUGCUGCAAGGAGUGUUUUAGCUGCCUUAGCUAUCUCUACGACGAGUGCUGUUCAUGCGUCGACCUUUGCCCAAAGCCGAACAUCACCGUAAAUCCACUCAGCGCAAAGUCCCACGUUGAAGAAUUCGCCGAACCGGUACCUGGACUCUUUCAGGCCCUAACGUCCGAAACUGAUACCCUUAGGAGAUGGCUGACCUUCACCUUCCCCGUCGAUUUCGACAUCUCUACUUACAACCCGAAGAACGAAAAGGAAGACUAUCACAUGCAAACCGUCGAGCAGGAGGUCCAGCCCAUCAAGACGAACGUGGUGACUUUGAAUUGCACCGUCGCGUUCAUGGCUCAGUGCAACUCCUGGCACAAGUGCAAGGCCUCCUGUCAGAGCAUGGGGGCAACCAGUUACAGAUGGUUCCACGACGGCUGCUGCGAAUGCGUCGGCGACACGUGCAUAAAUUACGGUAUCAACGAGUCGAGGUGCGAGGGAUGUUCCCAGAACACUGAGCUUCGAGAUGACCUCAAGAACCAGUACGACGACUAUGGGCAGGACGACGAAGAAUUGUUGGACGACGAUUUUUGAUGCCGGUGAAGCCGGAUUCGAGCCUGCGAGCGAGAAAGUUCGAUAAGAUGCGCUGGUCGUUAUAUACAUAUACGUGUGCGAAACGUUGAGUAAAUUUGUUCUAAAAUUAUACACGUGCAAAGUGACACGGAUACGAGAAUUUUUUUAAUACAAAAUAGAUGUCAGCCCCGAGUAGGUGGGAACGAAUUUGUCGAUUCCAAUCUUUCGAUAUUACUGUUAAAUGGCUUGGAAUUUCGAAUCUCGUUUCAGCCUAACGGGUAGAUUUAUAUUACGGUGUAGUUCUUGUAUAUUGUUUUUUUUUUUUUUUUUUUUUAAUGCUUUUUUAAAGCAGUUUCAGGAGGAAACUGAUGAUAAUUUACCUACGUUAUUUUUAAGAAUUUAUAGAAUGUCUAGAAUAAUUUUAUCGAAUACCUAUAUCGUUGUAUUGUGCCAUAUGAAUAAAAUUACGUAUAAGCAGA